CAAGGGAUCGGAACACUGGAGCUCAAGGAUAAGCCAUGGACACUGCGUACAUCCCAACACACCUGGAGGUCCACCAUGCUCCCUGCUAACAUCCUGCUCCUCAUGGUCCUGCUGCUACCCCAAGCCUCGUCCAGUGGUCAGGGUAACACCGGCGAGGUUGACAAUGGUGGGCUAACCGGCGUGCAGCCCGCCAACUCAGAACCCUCCCGGACCGAGUCCCUGGCUCAGACAAUCCAGAGUCUGCUACUCAGUCGCCUGGGUCUGCAGUCGCAACCCAACCCUCAGCCUGGCGUGGCGGUUCCUCAGUACCUCAUGGAUCUUUAUCGCUUCCACCAGCAGCAGUACCACCUGCUAGAGGACCCCUCCUUCAGAUUCCCCAGCCAGCACGUGCAGCAGGCCAACACCAUACGCAGCUUUCACCACAGUGAGCCUCUUACGGCGGAGGACCACAAAUGGGCACACAUCUCCUUCAACAUAUCCUCCAUCCCCUUGGAUGAGAAGGUGCUCUCGGCUGAGCUCCGCCUCCUGCGCACUGCCAGGACCACUUCCCUCAGUGCUGGACCCCACAGAUUGAACCUGUACCUCUCUGGGCGCGGAGAAGACACCCGUCCUACACUGCUAGGAACGAGACUCCUUGUCGCUGAGCCCCAAAAUCAUCCAUCUGGUGGCCUUUGGGAAGCAUUCAGCCUGAACGCAGAACUCUUUGAUUUGGCACUGAACGGAGAUGACCACCUGGGCUUCCUCUUGGAGGUGGUGCCGGAGAACAGUACCGGUCAAGGGGAGGGGGAGGGACACAAGGGAGGCCAUUUGAGGGUGUGCAGGUCUGUUGGGCAGGAUGAGAAAAUCUGGGCCCAGGAAAGGCCCCUCCUGGUCACAUAUAGUCACGACGGACGUGGAGAGCCGUUAGUAAAACACAGCAGGAGGAACCUGAGCAGCAUGCCCAGGAAUAGAGACCAAAAGCGGCGCCGAGUUAAAACGUAUAAAACGCCGAGUUUGGGGGAGCAAACGGGCAGGGUGAAACGAAAUGGUGGUCGCGCUGCCAAGCUCAAGCGCCUUUCUCGCAACCGCUGCCGCCGCCAUCCCCUCUACGUGGAUUUUAAUGACGUGGGUUGGCACAAGUGGAUCAUCGCGCCCAGCGGGUACGACGCCUUCUUCUGCCUGGGCGAGUGCCGUUUCCCCCUGGCUGACCACAUGAAUUCCUCCAGCCACGCCAUGGUGCAGACGCUGGUCAACUCGGUCAACGGGGCCGUGCCGCGGGCUUGCUGUGUGCCCACUUCACUCAGCCCCAUCGCCCUGCUCUACCUGGAUCCCCAGGACCGUGUAGUGCUGAAGAACUACCAGGACAUGGUGGUGGAGGGCUGCGGCUGCCGGUAG